UCUGCCCUUGUGAGGACAGUUUCUGCUGUGAGUCUCCCGAUGGCAACCCUCAUUAAAAUCAGGAGAUGAGGCCACUGACUGGCAGGCAAAGCAGCUGGGAAACUCACCUUUGGGAUAGAUGCUGGCCACAGCACUAUCGCUACUCUGCCUUAAGUUUACUGAAGGAAUACAGAUUUAUUUCACCUUUCACUCCUGACUGUUACCCACCCACUACCUUCACUAACCAUGAGUGAUUGGAAAAGGAGAGCUGAAUGGGUUGUCCUACUCUUCCAUAGCCUUUAUUGAUUUUCCUCAAGUCAGUGUUUAUUUGAUUGAGACCCAGCUAUGUGAGUGUACGGCGAAAGAGAGAAUGAGUGCAACAGAGAGUAUUGAGCUCUGUUAACUGAGGGCAGUUGCAGAUGCCCAGUAAAGAGCGGGAGGAGGCAGGCAGUUCUCCAGUUUCAGGCCAGCUGCCGUAUGGGUGGCACACCACAAACCUGACCCACCUGGAUAGCACCCAGAACAAUGAACCAGUCUGAACUGACAACGGACCCGGUGCUCACUGCCAACAGCAGCCAUGGAGACUUCUUUCAUGGACGGGCCUCCAACCACUCUUGUCCCUUGGGCUGGGGGCUAAAUGAAGGCCUAGACACUUGCGUCCUGGAGACUGCUGUCAUUGUACUUCUGACAGUGCUCAUUAUUGCAGGGAACCUGACAGUGAUCUUUGUGUUCCACUGUGCCCCCCUACUACAUCAUUACACUACCAGCUACUUCAUCCAGACCAUGGCGUACGCCGAUCUGCUGGUGGGUCUUAGUUGCCUGGUGCCGACCCUGUCUCUGCUCCACUACCCAGCAGGUGUCCAGGAGCCGAUCACGUGCCAGGUUUUCAGCUACGUUAUUUCUGUGCUGAAGAGUGUUUCGAUGGCGUGCUUGGCUUGCAUCAGUGUGGACCGCUACUUGGCCAUAACAAAACCACUAUCUUACAACCAGCUGGUGACACCAUGCCGGUUACGAGGCUGCAUCACCCUCAUCUGUGUCUACUCGAGCCUGGUUUUCCUGCCCUCCUUCUUUGGGUGGGGUAAGCCAGGAUAUCAUGGGGACAUUUUUGAGUGGUGUGCUCACUCUUGGCCAACUUCUGCCCUUUUUACAGGCUUUGUAGUGUGCCUACUCUAUGCACCUGCUGCACUUGUGGUCUGUUUCACUUAUUACCACAUAUUUCGCAUUUGCCAGCAGCACAAUAGAGAGAUCAGUGAGCGGCGAGCACGCUUUCCAAGCCAGGAGAUGGAGGCUGGUGAGGGGGGUGGCAGUGGUGGGCAUCAGGGAGGGCAUGGACCAGAUCGACGCUAUGCGAUGGUGCUCUUCCGCAUCACCAGUGUUUUUUAUAUGCUUUGGCUGCCAUACAUCAUCUACUUCCUAUUAGAGAGCUCCCAUGUGCUGGACAGUCCUGCCCUUUCCUUCAUCACCACCUGGCUGGCCAUUAGCAACAGCUUUUGCAACUGUGUUAUCUACAGCCUCUCUAAUAGUGUGUUCCGCUUGGGCAUGCGUAGACUCUCGCAGACAAUUUGCUCUUUCAGCCACUGUGCAGCCGAUGACAGGGAUUUUGUGGAGCCCAAACCAAGGAAGAGGGCAAACUCCUGCUCCAUCUGAAGGAGUGACUUCUACAGGAUGAGAACUCUCCUGGACUCUAUCAAUGGGAAACGUGAAUCUUAACAGGCUUAGCAGCUUGUUGUAUUUCAGUAAAACUGGCAGAUCCUAACUAAACAGAGAAUACUAUGUUAUAACAACCAGUUAACUGACACUUGCAUUUGUCACAAUAAACUGUGGUUUAUUGCAUUACCAGCUUUUAAAA